GACCCGGUGCUGCGCGUCGUCGAUCCAGUAGCCCAACCCUCCGAUUUCAGUAAGCUUCCCUUUCUCUUCACUGAAUGCUUACCAAUUUGAGAUUUGAGAUUUCAGUAAGCUUCCCUUUCUCUUCAUGUGCCAUAGUUUUUUCUGUAGCAUGUCAUGCAUUCCAUGUGCCAUAGAUUUCAAUAAAAAUCGGAUUAAGGGAAUGGCAGAAUUUGGCAAGGGGACACCUCAAAUUGGUUUGAGGUUCAAAACUCCAGAUGAGGCUUGGCAGUUUUGGGUGGCAUAUGGGGGGCAUACAGGCUUUGAUGCGAGGAACAGAUACUCAAAUGUCAGCAGUUAUGAUGGUAAGGUUACUUCAUGCAGAUUUGUUUGUUCCAAUGAGGGCCACCGAAGAAAAGGGCAAACUGAUCAUGUGACCAAGUGUUUUAGAGCUGAAACAAGAACGAGUUGCACAUCCCGAAUGACUCUCACAUUGGAUCGAGGGGCAGAAAACUAUGAAGUUACUGAUGUUAUGCUUGAACACAACCACAAGCUUCACUUGCCAGAAACCCGCCACUUGAUGGCAUCACAGAGGAAAAUUUCAGAAGUGCAAGCCUUUGAAAUUGAAACUGCAGAUGAUUCUGGAAUCAGGCCAAAAGCUGCACAUGAUUUGGCUUGCGGUCAAGUAGGUGGACCACUUAAUCUUAGCUACACUUGUCGUGAUAGGAAAAAUUAUUUACAAAGCAAACGGUAGAGGGAGUUGGCUUUUGGGCAAGCCGGAAGCAUGCUGAAAUAUUUUCAUGACAAAAUUUCAGAGAAUCCAACAUUCCAAUAUGCUUUGCAAGUGGAUUGUGAGGAGCACAUAACCAACAUAUUUUGGGUUGAUGCAAAAAUGAUUCUAGACUAUGCACAUUUCGGUGAUGUUGUCACAUUUGACACUACUUUUGGCACAAAUAAAGAAUAUAGGCCAUUUGGUGUUUUUCUUGGGCUCAAUCAGUUUAGAGAAACCACUAUUUUUGGUGCUGCAAUUCUCUUUGAUGAAAUAGAAGCCUCAUUUACAUGGCUCUUUGAGACCUUUCUAGCUGCCCAUAAUUAUAGGCAACCUAGAACUAUUUAUACUGAUCAAGAUGCAGCAAUGGGAAAGGCUAUACCCAAUGUGUUCACGGAAUCAUAUCAUGGAUUGUGCACCUUUCACAUCAUGCAAAAUGUUGUCAAACACUUAUCUCCAGUGAAGGGCCAAGAGAAAGAAUCUCAUAUUCUCUCUGAUUUUAGUGCUUGCAUGUAUCGCUAUGAGGACAAAAUAGAAUUUGAAGAAGCAUUUGACAGCAUGAGAUCUAAAGUGCAUAAGCAAACUUGGCUAGAUAGUAUAUACAAGGUGAAAGAAAAAUGGGCUGAAUGCUAUAUGAGAGAUGUCUUUAGUUUGGGAGUGAGAAGUACACAACUAAGUGAGAGCUUCAACAGUUCAUUGAAGAACCAUUUGAAAUCAGAUUUUGAUAUUGUCCGUUUUUUGAAGCAUUUUGAGAGGACAGUUGAAGAAACAAGAGCUACAGAACUAGAGGCUGAAUUUGAGGCAAGGAAGAAGCUACCAAGAAGGCGAAUGUGCACACCUAUGCUAAUUCAAGCAAGCGAUGUUUACACUCCAGUUAUUUUUGAAGCUUUCCAAGUUGAGUAUGAAAGAUCCAUGGCUGCAUGCACUACAGUGUUGGAUGGAGAUAACAAAUAUACUGUCACUAUUGGUAAUUUAAGUGGUGAUUUAAGUUUUGAAGAGGAGCGCAUAGUGACAGCUAAUCCUUUCAACCAAACAACUGAUUGUAGUUGUCAAAUGUUUAAUAGGACAGGGAUAUUAUGUGCACAUGGUCUGAAAGUGCUUGAUUUGAUGAAUAUAAAAAUGUUACCCACACAUUAUGUCCUAAAAAGAUGGACUAGAGAAGCAUGCAGUGGAAGCAUACUGGACAGACAAGGAAGGGAAGUGGUGGAAAAUCCAAAGUUGGAGGCUCAACUUAGGCUCAGAUCUUUGUCUCAUAAAUUUCUCAACAUGGCAUAUAAAGCAGCCAUUUCUCUAGAGUGUUGUUUGCUAAUAGACAAUGCACUUGGUCUCCUUGGUCCACAAGUAGAGGAUAAACUCAAUGCACCAUCUAGUGUUGCCAAUGAAAAACCAUGUAAUGACCAAGAAAAUAUUAGCCCAAACAUGCAACAAAGAGAUGACUUGCUCGGCACUGCACAACUUAAGAAAAAAGAGGUUCAGUUGAAAGGCUCAAAGAGAAAGAAAAGUUGGAUUGAGAAGUUACGCAAAGGGAAGCGCAAGGCGACUAAAUCUGCUGUACCAACAAAAAAGGGAGCAAAGAAAGAAGAUGGUGCACCACCACAUGUACAAGUGGAGAAUAACAGCAGCAACAAAGAAGCAAAUGUGGACCUCCAUGAGUAUAGGGUCAUUGGUGAUUUUACCAGGCUCCUAACAUCUAUGGCUAGUCAUGAUGAAAAUUUUUAUGAUGAAGAUCUGUUCUAGAUUUGCAAGUUGAUUGGAUAGUAUUUUGGAUAGAGCUAACAACAAUAUUUUGUGGGCUAACUAUAGUAUUUUGUGAGUAGCCUGAUGAAUGACAGUUAGUAUGCCAGACAAUGCCCAAAUGGUGUAAUUGUAAAUUUCUGAAUGCCAUGUAUUGCUUAAGAAACUGAAACAAAUGCUAUAUAAACAUCCUUCAAAAUUAGCUGUAUGUUUGUGUUCUGUUUGCAUGUGCUGUUGGUAA